CCUUUCUCCUUGUGAGCCUGCUGCUGUUUUGGACGUAAAAUACAGGAACGCCUCUUUCGUAAACCCCAGCUUACCAUGGCCAAUGAACCAACACCAGCCCAAGGGCGCUCACGCGACACCGCUUUCUCUUGGUCGAUCCGUUCUCCCUCUCCUCUCCUCUGUAUCGCCUUCAAUGAUCUCGCUCCGAGCAUUUUCGACAACCCCUACGCCUGCAGCUAAACAUGAGUAUCAGACAAAAAAUCCGAGGUUGGAGCAGAAUGUGUCCUUCAAAAAGGUUAAUCAGUUCCUCACUAGGUUUUCGUCCGGGGAAGAUACGGAAAGACUGGGGACAAGAGCUCCCGUUGCAAGUGUCAAGAACCUGGCUAUAGACACAAGGGAGUUGAGAGAAUUUUUGGGUGAGAUCGGAUUGCCGCAAGCAAGGAAAAGGCUGCUCAAGGGCAUCGAGAGUAAGAUCCGAGAGCUGGAAUCCCGCAUCGCUGGCGCAAAAUUCUUUGAUGUGGCCACAGACCCAGGAGAUUGGAAACAAUUCAGUGUAUCUGCCGAUAAAAUCAUGACCGGGUUGAACCCUAAAAAUGAACGGGCAACGAAACGAUCGUUGUGGCGAGAGCGGAAGAGGACUUCUGCGCUCUUGAACGAAGGGCAGGUAGACUUCGAUGCAGAGUACAAAAAGCUGGAAGAUGUACAACAGAAGGAAAUCAGUGACAUGGAGGCUAUUCUUGACAUGUAUAAAGCGCACGCUGAAACCAUCAAGGCCGUCUUGAACGGUGCUGAGGAUCUGGAGAAGGUACGGAUGCAGAAACGGAGAUUGCUAAGCAAGAAGCACGAGUUAUCCAAGCAGCUCGAGAAAGAAAAGGAGGAAGCACAAUGGGCUAAAACUACCAGACGGUUUAUUCCAGCGAAAGAGCGAGAGACUAAGGCGGAAUCUUUCGACUUGGGUGAUAUUUUGGACGAUGCAUUUAUCAAGGCUGGGGGGGCAACAGAGGCAAUGCCAGAAUUGGAUAUGGCGACAUUUAUGCCACAGCCUCCUUCCUAUGGUGGCUCGCAACAACUCAAGAGGAUAUCAGAGUCCAAUUCUACCUUCAAGAAGUUCACGGCGAGAACACCAGCUGCAGAGAGGAUCUCGGCAAUGGGGGGAGGCUUAGGCGGCGAUGUGAAGCCAACGACCACGAAAGAGAUGGACAUGUCCUCUAGGUCAAGCAAUGAGGAUUCACUUCCAUCAGACCUCCACCCUGCUAGUAACUACGACCAAACUGUCCCGACGCCUCAGCGCCAACCGAGUGACAACCUCCGUCUACAAGUACCCCAGUCUGGCCUGAUCUCCAUUGACCCAGAUUUCACCGCAAACUUCGAUACCGAAGUCUCAGACCUGCAAUCCCAGAUCUUGCAAUUGCAAGAACGCCUCAAGAGCUCCUAUCCGCGCAUCGACACACUACCGUUCGACGUAUGGACUAGCAAUAACCAGAGGACGCUGCGAACGUGGCUGAAGAUCCUAGUUACUAGGUGGCAGACGCGCUUCGAUGAUGCUGGAGGUAGUUCGAACAACGAGGAAGUGAAAACGAGUAGAGUUGAUGAAAAUGUAAAGGCAGUCCUUGAUCAGAUGGUCAGAGAUCACGAUCUGAGCAAUGACGCUGCCGAGCGCAUGGCGAGGAGGUGGGGUCAAGUCUUUGAGAAGAGGGGUGACAUCGGUGGGGAUGCGGAGGGCGUGUUGGAUUGGGAGGAAUUUGAUGCUGUGGGAAUGGGUUUCUUGAAAGAGGGUGCUGACAGCUAUGUUGCCGAAGGGAGGAGGUCAAACAGCAGAGACGCUUCUUUCCGUGCGCAGAACAAGGGGCGUAUCGGAUUUGGUCAGCUUUCGUACAAGCCGCUCACCCGCCGCCUAUACUCGACAUCAUCCCGCGCAGCAUCGGAUCCUGAACUAUCCAAGGACGCCAAAACUACCACCUCUGGUCCUCAGCAACCCUCGUCUCAGCCCAGCCUACCGCACCUCACAUCCACCGGCUCCGCACACAUGGUCAGUGUCUCCGCCAAAGCGCACACGGUCCGCACCGCCAUCGCCGUCGGCACCGUCUACUUUUCCAACCCAACGCCCCUCUCCCUAAUCCGCAGCAACAGCCUGAAAAAAGGCGACGUCCUCUCCGUCUCCCGCAUAGCAGGCAUCAUGGCCGCGAAAAAGUGUCCCGACCUCAUCCCGCUGUGCCACCCUAUCGCGCUCACGCACGUUGGCAUCGAGCUGGACGUUCUCGACGCCAAGCAGAGUGAGGGCAUGGGUUUCGGCGGUGUCGCUGUCGAGGCCAAGGUUCAGUGUACGGGUCCUACGGGCGUCGAGAUGGAGGCGUUGACUGCUGUUAUGGGCGCUACGUUGACUGUUGUGGACAUGGUCAAGGCGGUGGAUAAGUUCCAGCGCGUGCAGGAUGUCCGGGUUGUUUUGAAGGAAGGUGGGAAGAGCGGGACGUGGAGGGAAGAAGGGUGGUGUUCCUUCCAAAGUCCACGCGUUGAGGGAUAAAGCGGUGCAAAGGGUACACGGGAGGAAGGGGAGGGAUAUUGGUGUGUAACGAUAUUUGGUUGU